AUGCACAAUGUAAUUUUGUACGCUAUUGCUUUCACGAUAUUAAUAUGUAUAACAAUUUUUGAGAUGAGCGAGUUGAUAGUUGAUGCAACGAAAAAUCAGUUGACAGUUAGGACAAUAGCAAUCGCUCUGGGAAGUGCGGCAACGUUGGGUGUUUUGAUUUUCGCUUAUCGGAAUCAGAUUAAACGAAAAGUGGCCGACUUGGAAUAUGGAUCACAUGGAGAAAAAGAAAUACAAAGAUUGAGAGCCGAUCUUGAUCUUCUGCGAUCAGAAGUCGAAGAAUUACGAGAACAAUUCUCACGUGGUAGAACGGUCACUUUUUCGAGAAGUAGCGGUCAGUUUGGGAGUAAAUCUUGCCUAAAGCAAACGGGUGCCGGUGGUGGACGAUCGUUGAGUCCGGGACGACGAUCAGUCACUUCAGAUGAAGAAUAUUACACAGAUGCCGAUGAUGACUGGGAAACUCCACAAGCGCCUCGACAAACGAAUGGGGCCGCCGUUGUGCCAGCGAGCGACUCAAAGGAACAGAUAUUUGCCCAUUUGGAUCAGCUCUUUGAGAGUCUUCAAGGAGCCGAUGAACAAUAUGAUACGUUAAAGAAGAUGGACAACGAGACUCCCGACGAUCCUCGUGUGUUGUGGCGAUUGGCUCGAGCCUGUCAAAUGCAAAGUGGCCAAUUUGAAAAGAAGGAUCCACGAAAGAAGGAAAAACUUCUCGAAGGUCGCGAGUAUGGUCAAAGGGCAUGUGUUUUGGCUCCCAAUGAAUUUGAGGCGAUUAAAUGGGCGGCUGGUUUGACUGGAAGUGUCACCGAUUAUUUGCCAACAAAGGAGCGAAUCGAGCAGGGAAAAGUUUUUGAGAACUAUUUGGAUCGAGGCUUGGAAAUUAAUCCUCGAGAUUUCACAAUUCUCCAUAUGCGUGGUCGCUUCCGCUAUCAAGUCUCACAGCUAUCUUGGGUGGAACGGAAGAUGGCAGCGACUUUCUUUGGUGAACCCCCAUCUGCCACAAUUGGUGAAGCAAUCCAGGACUUUGAGGCAGCUGAUAGGGAGAAGCCUGAAUGGUGUGAGAAUUUGAUGUGGCUCGGAAAAAGUCAUUUGGCUAACAAAGAUAAGGCAAGUGCUCGAAAAGCUUUUGAGCGUUGUAUCGCCAUUCCACCCAAAGAUGCCACUUCUCGUCAAUCGGUUCAAGAAUCUAAUGAACUUUUGCCGAAGUGU